UUUAACGACGCCGAGGCUGCGUACGAAUCGAAAACCAAUCCCGAACUCAUCCGGGCCAUGCUGUCCUUCGGAUUGUGUCAAAUUCCUAUACUCGUGCGCUAUUCCGAACGCUUGCUCAAACUGGGACGCAAGAUUGUCGGUGAUACCAUCACGGACGGUAUUCUAAAACAAACACUCUUUGGACAUUUUUGUGCCGGCGAGGACGAGAAACAGAUUCUCCCCGCCAUUCAUAAACUCGAAAAAGCCGGGAUUGGUAGUAUUCUGGAUUUUGCCGCGGAAGACGACGGAGAGGGCGACGACGGAGACGAUGGAGACCGAUCCAAGAAGGAAAAAAUCGCGGACGAGAUCAUUCAAGAUAAAAGUCCCAAAGUGCGCGUCUACGACUACGAAUCCGAGGCCAAGUGCGAUCGUCACGUGGAGACCUUCCACAAAUGCAUUCGGGACGUGGCCGAUCUCGGUAAAGACGGAUACGCCGCGAUCAAAGUUACGGCCCUCACCAAUCCCAAGUUGUUGGAACGCAUGAGCCGCGCCAUUGUCGAAGCACAAAAUCUCUUUGCUAAAUUUGACGAAAAUGGUGACGGCAUUGUUACCAAAGAUGAAUUCAAACACGGCUUUAAUCUGUUUUUCAAAGGCGAAGACGCCAUGCUCAACGACGCCUUGGAUCAUCUCCAACUCGCCGAUGGCAGCGUCGACUACAUUACCUGGUCGAUGCUCUUGACCCCGUCCGACCUGCCACGCUUGACGGCUGGUUGUCGCGAGGUCGGUCCGCUGAGCUUGGCGGCACCGACGGACGAAGAAAUUGAACUCAUGGAGCGCAUGUUCGAACGUGGACACGAAUUGGCGCGACAAGCCGCCGAGGUUGGGACCCGACUCUUAAUUGACGCGGAACAAGCCCGGUUCCAACCCGCCAUUGACAAUUUUGUACUCAACCUGCAACGCACGUACAAUGCCACUGGUGUCAGCGAAUUUCCCGUCAUCUACAACACCUACCAGUGCUAUCUGAAGGAUGUACCGGAUCGUCUCCGGACGGAUGUGGAACGCUCCGAACGUUUCGACUACCAUUUUGGUGCCAAACUAGUACGGGGUGCGUACAUGGAGAGUGAGCGAGCCUUGGCAAAGUCCCUCGGAUUCCCGUCGCCCAUACAGGAUACCAUUCAAGAUACGCACGACUGUUACAACAACUCGGUAGACUUUCUGCUCAAACAUGCCAUUCAAUCGGACAAGACUUGCGAACUUAUGUUGGCCACUCACAAUCAGGAGUCGAUCGAAAAGGCCAUACACUCAAUGAAUGAACACGGGGUCAACCGCAAGGAUCCGACCAUUUGCUUCGGACAGCUCUUUGGUAUGUCGGACAAUUUGACUUUCAACUUGGGCCGUCACGGGUACCGUGCCUACAAGUAUGUGCCGUAUGGAGAAGUCAAAAUGGUCAUGCCGUAUUUGAUUCGACGCGCCAACGAAAACUCGUCCAUCGCGAGUGGUGCCGCGCAGGAACUCCGAAUGAUUCAAAAUGAGCUCAAGAGACGCGUA